AUGCUUGAGGCAGAAGAUAUUAUGGAAAUGGCUUUGAUUCCAUUAAGCGAGACGGCUGAGGGAUGUUCUCGACGGAUUGAGAUGUUGAAAGCUAAACAGGGUGUCUUCUUAGGAGCGCGACGUGCUGCCUCAGGUGUCGUUGACAUUGGCACGCUAGGCCUAAUUAGUCGACCCUGUGUAUCCGACUCAACCAUACCUAAAGUCUUCAACUCCUCACUUCCGUUCUGCCUGACACUAUUCAUCACUGAGAAACAGACCGAAUCACUUCACAUCUGCCGUCUUUGCCUACUCCGUACGCCUGAGGUUCACCGAUUGAGCGGCUGA